GUGUGGUUGCACGCCUUUCUGUUUUAUAAUCACAUUCAAGAGCUUAGCCAUCGUCCGGGCUUAAGGGAAUGGCCGAAGAACCGCUUCACAUCAAUAAAAAGACUAAGGAGACUUACCAGGAGUUUUCCUAGGCUUUGAGUCCCAAGGACAGCACUUACUUCCUGAGGUCUCAGAGCUCCUGUUGGAAGAGGAAGCAGCCAUUAGAACCCUAGCACCAUGGACGUGCUGGAUGAAAACGAGGCUCUGCAGCAGUUCUUUGAAGCACAGGGAGCCAGUGGCACUCUGGAGAACCCAGCCCUGGAUACGAGUCUGCUUGAAGAAUUCUUGGGCAAUGACUUUGAUUUAGGAGCCUUGCAACGGCAGCUCCCCGACACCCCACCCUACUCUGCAUCCGACCCACGCUCUCCUCCACAGGUCAAAGGCGCAUGCUGCGGGACCCCGGCAGGGAGGAUCCCAGCUGCCUUCCUCCACUCCACAGCACCAGGGCCUCUGCCUGAGCAUCCAUCCCAGAGCAUGGCCGGCCAACCCCACAGCAGUUUUCAGAACGGCUACCCGGAGUCCAGUCACCCUGCCACCUGCCGGCACCAAACGGGGCCCUCCCGACUGGGAACGAGUUGCUCUUACCACCAGCAGCCUUUGUGCCACGUUCCUGGAGCCUCGUUACCCCCGACAAAGAAGAGAAAGCACUCGCAGAUACAAGAGGACGCGUGGGACUGUAGCGCAUGGGCCCACUACUUCAGACCAAUGACAACUAGGACUCAGAGCAUCGAAGUGCAGGACCAUGACAGAGAGGGACGUAACGGGAUGCCUGUGGACCAGUGCUCUCCUGCUCUGAAGUGGCAGCCGUACCAAAGUGUUCCUUGGCAUAGCUUGUUAAACAGCCAUUACGAAAAACUGCCUGAAGUGGGCUAUCAGGUUGUGACAGACAAAGGGUUCACUUUCUCGCCAGUAGAUGAAGCUUUUGUUUGUCAAAAGAAGAACCAUUUCCAGAUAACCGUCCACAUCCAAGUUUGGGGAAGUCCGAAGUUUGUUAAGACCCAAGUGGGCCCAAAGCCAAUAGAAAUGUUUUACUUGAAAGCUUUUGGAAUUAAGGUGGAAGCCACCAACCAAAUGGUUGCUAUUGAGCAGUCCCAAGCAGAUAGAAGCAGGAAGCCCUUUGACCCUGUUAAAAUCGACCUCCUGACUGACCAGGUUACCAAAGUGACCCUGGGACGAUUGCACUUUAGUGAAACCACAGCAAACAACAUGAGAAAGAAGGGAAAGCCGAAUCCCGAUCAGAGAUACUUCAUGUUGGUGGUCGGAUUGUACGCCGCUAACCAAGACCAGUUCUACCUGUUGGCCGCCCACAUCUCUGAAAGGAUCAUUGUAAGGGCCUCUAACCCUGGGCAGUUUGAAAAUGACAGUGACGUGCUGUGGCAGCGAGGACAAGUUCCAGAAUCUGUUGUCUAUCAUGGGCGAGUAGGAAUAAACACAGACACACCCGAUGAAGCCCUGGUUGUCUGUGGCAACAUGAAAGUGAUGGGGACUGUCAUGCAUCCCUCUGACGGCCGGGUGAAGGAGAACAUCCAGGAGGUUGACACAAAUGAACAGCUGAGAAGAAUAGCCCAGAUGAGGAUUGUUCAGUACGACUACAAACCUGAAUAUGCAUCUGCCAUGGGGAUAAACACUGCCCAUCAAACAGGAAUGAUUGCCCAAGAGGUGCAAGAGAUCCUGCCCAGAGCUGUGAAAGAAGUUGGGGAUGUCACCUGUGGAAACGGAGAGACACUGGAGAACUUCCUCAUGGUGGAUAAGGACCAGAUCUUCAUGGAGAAUGUAGGGGCCGUGAAGCAGCUGUGCAAACUCACCAACAAUCUGGAAGAAAGAAUAGAGGAGUUAGAAAUAUGGAAUAAAAAGCUGGCCAGGCUAAAACGCCUCAGUAGCAGCUGGAAGUCCUCCAUCAGUGAAGCCAGUUCCAUCAGCAAAUUGAGCAGAGCUGUUAGUGCAUCUUCAGCCAGAAGGACAGGUUCCAAAAAGCCCACCAAGGUCCUGUCCUCAGGAAGGAAGCGGUCGUGUCCUAACUGGGUUUUCCAGACCCUGGUUACAGUGCUGAUUGCCGUGAUGGCGUUUUGUGCCUUGACAAUAGUCGCCCUCUACAUACUUAGCUUAAAGGAUCAAGACCGGCGCUUCCCAUAUCUCCCUCUAAGCAAUAUGACAAGCUCCCCAGAGCCAGCUCUGCCGUCCACAGCUCCUACCUCAGCUCCCCAUACAACCCCGGAGACCACCCAGACCUCCCUGCAAGUGCCCGAAAUCACUUUCUGCGAGAUCCUGCCGUGUCAGGAAACUUACUGCUGCCCUGUGUGGGGACCAAGGGUGUUGUUUUCAAGUCCUGCACAAAGACAACUGGAGGCUGAGAGAGAGAUCCGUCAGAGGCAAUGGGCAGAAGACAAAAGCAAAUCGUUCCUGACAAGCAGUGCGCUUCUCAGCCCAGCCUGGGAGAGUGACUGGAUCGACACAACCAUAGCUUCCAUUCAGAUUGUAGAAAUCCAGCAAAUGAUAGACCGUCGGUACUGCAGCAGAAUGCUCCACUGCGGGCCUGGGCACUAUAAUUAUAACAUUCCUGUUAAUAAGAACACACCCACCAACGUCAAAUUCUCUCUGGAAAUCAACACAACAGAGCCACUGAUAGUCUUCCAGUGCAAAUUCACACUAGGGAAUAUAUGUUUCCACAGUCAACAGGGAAGAACCCAGAGCCAUGGAGAAGAUGCUCAGAUGACACAGGGAUACCAGCACAUUUGGAGGCUUCCCGUGGCCCGGUUCUCCGACAGCGCGUACCAUUUCCGGGUAGCCGCACCAGAUUUAGCCGACUGUUCUACGGAUCCUUUUUUUGCUGGGAUUUUCUUCACAGAUUACUUCUUUUAUUUCUAUCGACGUUGUAACUAAUUUGUUCAAGUUUGAGGAGGACGUUACUGCAGAAGAGCACUUGGGGGCACAGUUAACAGAAGCUGGUGUUUCCUCUCACAACUUCUUUUACGUCUCUGUCAAGCAUGCAUGUCAUUUUCUGAAGGAUCCUUUCAUGUUUGGCUUCCAAGGGCUUCUAAUGAGGAGAAUAAAGUGUUUGCCGGAG